AUGGAGUUCCCCAGCUGCCCAAUGCUUCUCUCCAGCUUUCUCAUGUCCAGUGUGGUAUACUGGAAUGCGUACUUUGUCGUCGAUUACCUCAUUUGGAAGUACGCACAAGAUGUCUACUACCGCCUGGAAGAAGACGAGCUUCCCUUUGGCCUUUUCUUUACCCUACCUUCGUGUGUCCUUGCGGCCACGACAACACCGUGGGGCGUCAACCAGCCCCUGAACUCAUUUGGUCAACUCUGCGUGGUAUCGCAAGCUGCCGGGUGGGCCAACGAACUCUCCCUGAUUCGAUUCUAUUCUUUCGAACUCUUCGUCCAUCAUAUUAUCUGCCUCCUCGUGACGUCAAACAUCAUCUUAUCGCCAGCGGUGCACCAGAUUAAGCCUCUGUACAUCUACUUUGCGUCGCUGGUGGGAGAUGUCGGGCCAGUCGCUGUACUGACAGAUCCUUAUAACCUCACCGACUGGGUAUGGGUUCUGUCAGUCCUGCUCUUCGGCACCUACUCGAUCUUCAAUGCGAUACGAAACUUGCAACGACUCGAACUUAUCAAAGUCGAUCCCAAUCGGUACAGAGUCAAAUACUUCAGCAAACUCGAUGUUCCCAUCGCAAACAUGUUUCUAGCACUUGCCUGCAGUGCUUCGUUACUGUCGACUUUGUUCAUGUAUGGAAUCUACCUCGAUCGACCCCUGAGGAUGGGGGAAACACACCUUAUCUCGUUGCAUGGACUUAUCGCGGUAGCUAUCGGACUGACCGGGGCUCUCUUAUUGAUAAUGACACGUACCGGCAACUGUCACCUCCAGGAUCCAUGGGGAGCCUUGUACGUUCCAUUUGGGGUCUUGAUUACUGGUCAUUGGGCCAAGUUCAUCACUCGGUAUACCACCUUUAUCGACCGCGAUACACUCUUGGGAUCAAUGGGCAUCAGCGUUCCUCUUUUCUUCGCCUUCUCUCGAGUUGCUCAAUACUACACAGUCAAGGACGCUGCGGUGGCAUCCAACGAGAAGCGCCCUGUAGAUGGUGGUUACAACAGAUUGCAUCUGGAGUCAGUCAUCGAACACAUCACAAUAUUCUUCAUGUCACUGAGCUUCUCGGCAUUCAAUGACAUGGACCCAUCUGAAACGGCCCGCCUGGCCAUUUGCGCUUCUCUGAUAGUACAGCUCAGAAAUCCACGGGAAGACCCUUUGGCUUUUGUAACUCCACCCGAGACAAUACCUUCUUUGGCCUCUCUAGCCAAGUUGCCCGGCCCUAAGCUUGUCAUUAUUCUCAUUACUGCAUGGUACGUUGGAAAUAGGAGCACUUCUAUUGAUGCUAUGCAGGCUCGCGUGGCUCUUGGGUUUGUUGUUUUGAUGGCUAUCUGCAUAUCAAAACCCUUGAUGGCAUCCAAGCCUUGCGAGGGAAUAUCGGCGCCUCGCAAGUCCAAAAGAUACCACCCCAUUACGAUCCUCUAUGUCUUCUUUGGCACAUUGCAGGCUAUUUUGGUUUGGAAGUAUGCUACCUUUGAAGGAGGCAAGACAGAGACUAGCCUUGGAUUCAAGAACUUCCGUUCUGUUUUGUCAGAUCCAUUCACUUGGGUGGGCCUUUUGCAUAUGGCUUCACUGCCCAUUGUUGUUCUUAGGGGGGCCGAGUAG